GAGCGAGCGGGCGGCCGGGGUUGGCAACACCGGCGGCGACGCGAGCGGGAGCGGGGAAGAAAAUGGCCGAAGUGUCCAUGUGAUGGAGUCCAGCGUCUAGUCCUAGAAGGUUAACAUGGAGGAGCUACUUUCCUUAAAGUGGAACAAUCAUCGUUCCACGUUUCUUCACAUUUUGGGUGUGCUCAGGGACAAGCAAGCGUAUACGGAUGUCACUCUGGCAUGUGAUGGCAAAUUCUACAGUGUGCACAAGUUGGUGCUUUCAACGUGUAGUGAUUACUUCUGUGCCAUGUUUGACAAGACUGCUUGCAAGAGCCCUGUUAUAGUGUUAAAAGAUAUAAAAAGUGAGGACCUAGAGGCCUUGCUAGAUUAUAUGUACCUUGGUGAAGUGAAUGUGCGACAAAGUGACUUAGCUUCUUUAAUUAAGGCAGCAGAAAAUUUGAGAAUUAAAGGCCUUGCAGUACCUGACGAUGAACCUCCUAAGAAAGGUGCCAUGUCGGUGCCAUCUCGGUCUGACCCUUCCAGACGAGAUGGUGGCAAUGGAAGCCCACCAUCGAAAAGAAAACGCAGAGAUGAAGGUGAAGAUGGUAGGGAGGAUGUUAGACCGCCCCCUCCACCACAGAGUGGUCUGCACACACCACCACCACCACCUCCAAGACCAAAGAGCCCUGGUAGCCAACGGUUAAGCCCUUCCCCUCUUAGAACAUCUCAGGAGUCUCAUGUUACUGACGAUCGUGAUAACCGUCCCCACUCUUCGCCGGCGGAGUCUCCUGUUGCUUCUCAUAUACCAUCUCAUCAGUCCUCACAACAAUUGACACAUCAAUCAUCGUCUCAACCAUCUAUUUCAUCAUCACAGCCCUUACCUGAACAACAGCAACAACAAUCUAAUCAAUAUAGAGGGGAAGAAACACCCACUUUUGUUAAAGUAGAAAUGGAGGAAGAUGAUACAGGAGAUGUCAACCGUGAUUCAUAUAACAUGAGUGGAGAUGGUUACAAAGAGGAAGAUAGUGGAGGUGACCUAGGAGGGGACUUAAGUAAUGAUCUACCCGAGUUCUUACAACAAGCUGCCUCUAGUGCCCUAGCAGGUACUUCUGCCUCAUACCAUCACGCCUUCGCUGGACCCUCUGGCUUUCAGCCGGAUGUGUCUGGUUGGCAAGGGGACAGUCAGUCCCUGCCAGGAAGCUUCAGCGGGCUAGGCUUUCAGCCUUCCACUCAGGACAAUCCACCAGGGGUGGCCUCCAGAAAUCCGCGACCUCGGGGACACUCGCAUCUCUCCACCUCAGAGGUCGCCAUCGCUAGGGCACUUCUCACCAUACCAGACCAAUCAACCACUUAUUCUCCAGCAACCCCAUUUAACACCUCUACUCUACCUACGCACAGUGUCUCCAAAAUCUCCCUACAAUCUUCUUCUGGAGUUAAUAGUUGUAGUGUUGCUUCUGCUACCUUGGGUACACUUGAUGCCUCGGUGUCUGUUCUAAGGGGUUCUUCUUGCCCAGAAUGUGGGAAGAUGUUCCGAGGGGAUUAUCACAAAUACAAUCUCAAGAAGCAUCUCACAAUUCAUGCUGGUCUACGACCUUAUCCAUGCCCAGUAUGCAACAUGGCAUUCAACCAGAAAGUGUCCAUGAAACGUCACUUUGCAUCUGUGCACAAAGUCUUUGAGCCAGUCAAGCCAGCAGAUUAGUAAUGAAUGAAUUCGGCUAGUGUAUAGGGGCAAGCUUCAUGAGAAAAUCUUUAUUGUAAUGGAAAAAGUAAUAUUUUUGGAUGUGAAUUGAUAGUGUGAAUGGCAUAUGUGAAGAUCAUCAGCAUCAUCAUCAGUACUGAAAGAGCUUGCUAAUCUGGACCCUCUUAACUCGGACCUUUGGGUUAUCUGAACAAAAUUGAGUCCAAGUUUUGUCUGCCAAACUUCAAGAGAAAUCUUGGUUACCGAGAGUUUCAGCCAGGUUACUGAACGAUAUCAAGGGACUUAUGCUCACCAGAAGCCUUAGCAGCUGGCAGUCAAAACUGACCUUGCCAAUCUACCCUAACGAUGUAAAUUUAUGUUUAUUGUGUGUGGAAAUAUGAAUGAUAUUGGUUGUGGUUGAAGAAAAUUAUGAAUAUGUUCAGUUUUGGAUGUUCCCAGUAAGAAUUCCUGCUAAUCCGGAUGUCUGGCAAACUCUGAGAGGAGUGGGCCCCUAUAUGAUCCAGAUUAGCGAGCGUUAUAAACAUCGUCAUCAUCACUCCCUACCACAGUUACAGUACCACCUUUUCCACUUUCAGCGGUGAGUGAGGCAUUUUCCUAGAGAAAACUGAAAAGUAAUACAGUACAGGGAUAAAAAUACGGUUGCCCUUUCAAAAGGCAGUUUGAAUACUAAUGUUGCCUAUGUGGUUCCAAUUGCUCAAUGGGGUGUUUCAGCAGUCACAGGAAGUCACAAAAUAAUUUGAAAUCAGAUGUUAUCAGCUCCUGGUUCUCCAUCAUAGUACAAUGAUCAUAGCACUUACCUGGGCAACACGAUGGUCUUCAAUGUACUCUAUAUACUGUAUUAUAUUUAUUUUGGUAUUUUUACUUUUUCAUACAGACUAAUUUUAAAUGUACUGUACUGUACAGUAUUUCACAUUUCAAAAAAAUAAUCAAUAUUUUUUUGUUUGGUCCUGGCUCAUAUCACAAUAUAAUGCUGACAAAAGCCAGCUGCUGACCUCUGCCCAGGCCAAAAUAAGUGUGAGAAAUAUGAUUUUUUGUACAUUUCUUAAAUUUUUGAAUACAAAUCUACCAUUACGUAAGAACAACAAAUUACAGUAAACUUUUUUGCAAACAUGCAGGAUGACAAUUUGAAUGAUAUUGCAUUUUGAGGGUUUAAGGGAUCAUACCACAACAAUAGUUAUUACUCAUUUAAUUCUUUCUUUACAUAAGAAACACUAGGCAUUUAAACAGUGAACUAAACUUGUCAUUCUCCAGUAAAUCAUCCCAGCAGUCACUUUAUUCUAAUAGCAAUGUAUUUUAUCUGAGUUGUCAUAGACAAAAAUGCUGGUUAUUGACUCUUAAUAAAUAAACUGCUUCUAAUUCUUGUUUUGCACCAUUUUGUGUGCAGUUUAAAUUCAUACCAAAUUUCCCAAUUGCUUGCUCAUCAAAUCUGUCUUACUGGCUUUCUACUCUCAAAUUUACUCUUAUAAAAGUAUGUGAAUAAAGACAAAUGUCUGUGGCUUGCAUCAUGACUCGGUUUUGUUUUGCAUUUAGAGUAUUAAAGUGCAGUGCUGUACUGUUGUUUACAUUCUGGUAUAUUAAAAUAGUGUACUUUUGAAUUGUAAUACAUAACACUGGUAUGGCACUAAAGUUAGGUCAACACUAAUGGGUUAACACACACAAAGGGGUUCUGUACUGUAUACAGUAGUCAUGAGAUUGUUGGCAUUCACCGUGCAACUUUUGCAUCACUGCUCUAAACUUACUCAUUAUUUCUCGUUGAGAUGAUGUCUCACAGACAUGAUAUUACAGUAUAUUUCAGUAUUUGGCAAUACAAUUACUGAAUUUUUUGUGUGAAAGUGCAGUGAUGUAAAUCAUUUCUAUUUCAUAUUUUUUAAUAUUACUAAUGCACAGAAUAUAGUUUAUACAUUAUGCAUUUUUUUAAGUAACAAUUUUUUUUUAAUAAUGUCCCUUUUGGAGAUUUUGUCUCACACACCGAACAGUGUUAACCAAACGCAACCCAUUAAUUGGUAUCUUUACCAAAGACACAUUUUGGUUUUCACAUUUCUCUCUAUCACACUGUGAUUCCAUUGUUAAUCUUGAGAACAUAUCUUGGGAUUAACUUCCAACUUGAAGCAUUUUUGUAUAGUAAUAAUACAGAACUUCCUGUUAAUACCAAUGAUAAAGCCUUGUAGUAACUUGUUUUUAGAACUAAAGGUUCUGAUAUUGGGGCCUUUGCAUAAUACCCAGACAACAAAUUAACCUGUCUACAGCAGUCUUACUCCAUAUUAUCUUUAGACAUAUUAUGCUUGACAGUCUCAUUUAUAAUUGAGAUGCCAAUUUUGUUUUCUGCUGAAGUAAUUUUUGUGGUUUUAUGAAUUUCCUUUUUAUUGUAUAACCUCUCAGUAGCAGAGUUGUUUCAAAUUUGGAAUGUAUAUUUUGCUGAAUUAUGAAAUGUAAUGCUGUUUACAUUACAUAAUUUUAUGAGAGCCACUUGUAUUUACAAUUCUGGCAUAGCUAAAUACAUAUUUUUAUUUGAUGUAUGGUAUGGUAUGGUUCUGUAGCACCCUUCUGGCAGUUCUUGAAAUUUUGUGCAACUUUCAGUAUUUGCAUGGGAGCAGUAUAUUGUUACUGUAUAACAAUACCAGACCCAUAUAUCUUGCACAUUGUAAUAUGAUUCUUACAAUAUAUGACCACAUGUC